CGCUCGCUGUGGGACAAGGACUGCGAUGUCGGAAGCUCUCCAAGCUCUCAAUCCGUCUUGCUCCCCUCUUCCGUGUACUUGGAGCAGCCAUCCCUCUCACCGCCUUCCCCGGACACAUUCCCAGGUGAAGCAGAUUUUCUCUUCCAAAAUGGCUUUACAAGUUCUGGUUUUGUGUUUGACAUAUUCUGGGCUUGGAAAAGCAAAUGUGCUCCCACAGGAACACAAAAAAGUGAGGAUGGGUGACAGUGCAACUCUGAGCUGUGCCCUGACAAAACCCAUGGAUGUUGUGCAAGUGACAUGGCAAAAGGACUCAGAAGAUUUCCGUGACUAUACACAUGACAAUAUAGCUACAUACAGUAAAAGUAAUGGAUUGAAGAUUCACAAGCCCUAUGAAGACAGAAUGAAUUUCACAAGUCUGGAACUCAACAAGACAAGCAUAACUUUUUGGGUCACUAGAAUGGAUGAUUCAGGAUGUUACAAGUGUGUCUUCAAUGCCUUCCCUUUGGGCCCCUUCUCAGCAACCACCUGCCUGAGUGUUUUUGGUCUUAAUGCAUCUGUCCAUCACAACAUUUCUGAAGGUCAUUUGAUAGCCAUCUGUAAUGCUGAUGGCUUCCCAGAGCCCACAGUCACCUGGAACAACCUGUUCAAUUCUACUCCUACACAGAAGAUAGUCAAGCACAAAAAUGGGAUUGUGUCCAUCACGAGUCAACUGGAAAUCUACAACAUUCAGAGCAUCAAGGCACAGGAUUUGACCUGCAGAGUAAACAACACAGAAGAAACAUUUGAACUGCCUGUGAAAAUAAGAGAAGAAAAGGGAUCAUCAUUGCUUUGGCUGGUGAUUAUUGCGGUGCUUCUAGUAGUCAUCACAGUUCUGAUUCUGAUUACACUGUUCUGGAGGAAGAUCCUGUGCAGGAGGAGUUGAAGUGCUGUUCCAACUCCUUUUUCUGUCUGGAAAGACCUGCUGGACUCAAAAUCACAGGACUCAAACUACGCCAGAUUUGUCAAAAUUAUUGGGGAAAAGCAAUAGGUCUCCAACAGGUGACUGAAUAAACGCAGUAGCAGCCACAGUUUGGAAAGAAUAAUUGUAAGUAAUUUGUAUAAUAUAUAAGUCAUUUUCUUUGCUUGAUUUUUUUGUAAUCCCAGAGUGUUUUCUUCUGUGUUAUCUGUGGUUUUUAGGGAUGUGUGUGGUGGAGUUAAAUAUUUAAGUGAGGAGGAGAUGGUAACAAAGACCAGUGGUGGAAAGCAUUGUCUUCUCCAUCUUUCUGUUAAUACCCUAUCCUACUCCUUGCUGAGCUGCCAAAAAGCAUGGAUUUCAUCAAUAGUUUUUGUGCUCACCUUAUGCACUGUUCAGAAUAGUCUUCCCUGUCUUCAUCCAUUUUUAUUGUGUUUUUUUAAACACUGAUAAAUGGCUUAGCUGGCCAAAAGUCAUUAUUCCAUGGCUGGACCACGUUGGGUGGGAUGUCACACGCUGAGCUCGCUGUCCUGUGCCCCUACUGUGGCUGCAGUGGUAUCAGCUGGCAGGCUUACAGAGGCUGAGCUUACUGACUUGUCAUGCCUUUGGUAGCAGAUAAAGACAUUGCACUAUUCUUAGGAGGUGGACCUAAUUCUACUCCUGUCCCAGGCUGGAUUGGAGUUCCUCUCCUGACAUCCCAAGUUACUCAUCACUGCCAGCCCAAGCCUGCUGAUCCAGCCAUUUCCAGGCUUAAAGUUCCAGGUGCUUGACCCCCUCUUGCUGGGCAGCAGCAGGGUGCUCAGGAGGACCAUGCACUCCUGGGCAUUGCCAUGCAGCUCCUCUUCUUUGUGAAGGGUUGAAGGCUCCAGGUGCCCUCUGCUUCUGUGCUUGUUUUAGUUGGGACAGAGUUAUUAUCUUGAUACGAGUUAGAAUGAGGCUACCUUUCCAACUCUUCCCUUCCUUCCUGGGGACUGUGUGGUUAUUAGUUGCUGGCUGGGGUUAAACCAUGACAGCCUCCGAGCACCUCCGCAGGGCUCUGCGCCUGCCCCACAAGGCAAAGACUGCUAAAAGCAAGCCUACCUCUGGGUGUUCCUUCCUAGUGGCCCAUUUUACUGACAGGAUAGACAGAUGGGAGGAUUGCAGGGAGUCCUUUGGUGAUUUUUUGUUCAGCUGAAGAGUGCUACUGUUCAGGGUGUUUCUCAGUCUUCCUUCUGUCUGGAUGUUUGUCAUUGUAUCAGGAUCACUAACAGUAUGCUCUUUCCUUUUGGCUUUGAUGAGCAUUUGUUUGUGCAUCUGAAACAGUCCAUUUUACCAGAGUGUGUAGUGUUUUGGAUUGUGCCUUUUAUGUCAUAUGUUUAUUAAGAGUACAAACUCUCAAGCUGAAAAAUCAACAACAGAGAUGUAAAAUUUAGGGCAGUGUUCAGAGCAAGUAUUUUGCUGGUUCUCGAGCAGUGGCCUCUCCAGAGCCUGGUAAAAAAGCUUCAUGUGUCUGUCUGCUUGUGUUCUUGAGGAUGUGAGGGCUGCUGUUUGCUCUGCUAUUGUAGGUGCAAUAUGAAUUAUUUAUUUGUACAUUUCACUUUUUCUAAUUGCAAAAACAAAUCUGUUUCAACCAAAACACCAACUGGUCUUUUUUUUUUUUUUUUGCUUUUCCCCCUACUUGUUUGAGAUACCAGAAAUGUGUCAUUGCAAUUUGGGCUUUUUAAUAGUUUUGAUUUAUACUUUACUUCCUUUCUGAACAGAAAAUGGCAGUUCAUGGGGCUUUUAAGGUAUUUUGGUGUAUUUUUUCCUUUUAAAAUAAGGUUUUGAGCAAAACUUUUGAGAUAAAUUUACAGAAAUAUUUUUGACCAGAGCAGCUGCAGUUGAGUUCAGAUUUGAAAAUAACUUCAGUCAAUCAAAACAGUGUAUUCUGUAUUUUUGCUAUUAUAGUCUGUGUCAUACUUGUUGCGUAAUUAUUUUUUAUCUAAAAUUACAUGCUCUACUGAUAUAUUGUCUGUCUUGUUUUCUGUAUUUCCUGGAUGAAAAGAAGCCAAAUAAAGCAAAUUUGAACAUAAGGCCACAUGAUUUUUUUCAUUUGUAGCACAGUGCUUGUGAGCUUUUAUAAAUCAAUGAGAGAAGUAUUACACAUGCGCUCUAAGUGUAUGAAUAAUUCCUUUGGGGAAAAGCAGUAGUGACCCAGUGUACUCUGUAAUACAUGUGGCCUUUUGAGAUUAAUUGUGAAACCACAAUAAUUUUGUUUCUCAUGACAUCAACUUGCACU